GAGACGAAAAUGACAUAUAACUGUUUAGUUGAAGUAAUUUUCUUUUUUGAAUAGAUAAGUAAUAUUUGUGGUGAAUAUUUUUUUUAAUUCCUGUUAGUAGCAAUGAUGCGACUCUGAGCAAGGACAAAGGGAGCCACCUGCUGCACAAAUGCCUCGAGGAAAAGAUGUAAUCUGGAGCUAAGAUAGACAGAUACAAGUCUGUAGAGAUGGCAGAUUUCAGCUGGGCCGGUGUGUGUUGGGGCAGAAGAGGAGUUAGCAUUCUGCUGCUCUUUUGGAUUUUAGUCCCUCCAUCCUUCAUGCAGCCUCCUCUCCCUCUCUCCCUGCCGGUCCACGUGUCGGUUGUCCCUCCAGCCUGGGAGUUCCUCCCUCUGUCUCAGGUGGAGCUGGGCCCUCUUUUCUCCAACUCCACCCCCUUCUCCUUCUCUCAAAGCCUGUUCAUGUUGCGCCCACCUGGCAAGGCCCCAAGACCAGGUGUCCAGGCUUCAUUUGGCCCUUACUCAGUUACACAGCUCAUAUCAGAGCCUCUCCUCCCUCUCUCUACCCUUCUGUCCGCCUCUCUCCUCUCAGAGCAUGUGGAGAGAGAGAGGGAUAAGGGCAGGCAGAAGAGGUUCAGGGUGAGGACGCUGUUCCACAAGCGGGGUGACAACAGCACCCGAGGGACCUGCAUCACCCUGCAUGCCUUCAAGGAGACUAAGGAGCACAAAGCCUCCUGUAUCACACAGCCUCCUCUAGGGCUUUGCGUGGUAACUCUGACACUGCCUAAUGAUUGGUUUGAGGAUCAACACACCAACCAAUCACAUCAGGAUUUGGAAAAGUGGCACAGUAACCCCCACCACCGUCGCCGGAUGCAGAAGCGACAACGGCAACGGAAAGGACAUCAUCACGGCAACCUUGUCAACCACCAGCAUACUUCUCCUUCACCGAGAUACCCUCAAGUUGUUGAUGAGGACAUCCAGGGGCAUGUUCCAUGGGCCCUCAGAUACCAACGGGUUCCCAUCAGAAACCAAAUACAGCUUUACUACUCCUCCUCUGACACUGUGGCUGACUUAAAUCUGACACCACCAGGAUGUGUGGAGGACAGAGCAGCUCAGUCUCAGAGGCAGCUCUUCCAUAUCAAAGCAGUGACACUGAAGGAGGAAGAGAGAGAGCAGAGCAGGACCAAAGAAGAAGAAACAUGUUUGAACGGGCAGGAAGAGGAGGAGCUUAGCUUGGACCCCCAUGUCAUGAUUCGCUAUCACAGGGGCCCGGUCCUGAUAGGACAGCCAAUCAGAGUGUCUUUGAAUGUGAGAGCUAACUUCAGCAGUGAGCUUGUUGUCAUAAGGCUGAAGGUGAAGAAGGGCUUGGUGUCCAUGGUGGCUCAGAAAACUCUGACCUCUGAUCUGUGGGCAGUGACCCUGGAGAGAAGCCAAGGCUCCAAACACGACGUGGUGUCUAUCCUGUGCCACAAACACAGCACACACAAGCACACACACAAUCCCACUUUACUACAGCAGGUGGUGUGUCUGUCAGUCCAUGGCCUGAGGCAGAGCUUCGGUGUUGCCAUGACGGUGUCUGCUAACUGGUGGGUGGAGUACUCUGGGCAUAUAAAACCCCUAUCGCCACAUGGAGCAGCAGUGAGCAUCUUCUCAUUUGCUGAUCGACACAUCUUUAGCAUCGCUCCCAUCACAGAGAGUAACACAAUCAUCAACACAGCCAUACUGACCAACCAGCCAGUGUCACUUCCUGUCAUUGUGCUGGCCAUAAACCAUAAUGGGAAGGUGUCAGAUGUCACCUCUGCAGUCACGUGCCACUCUACCAACGAGAACACUGUCAAGGUGUCCAGUGAUUGCUCAACCCUCUUUGUGGAUGGCAGCGAAUCAGGGUUGGGUAACACCUGUGCAGUGGUGGAGUUUCUACUGGGUGCGCUUCGUGGCUCUGUGUGUGUGGAGGUGUGGGCUCCUUCAGUGCCCCUGCGAGUGUCCUUGGCAGACCCUGUUCUCAACGCCAUCGAUGGCUGGAACCACUUCACAAAGACAGGGUGUGUACCAGUUUAUCAACGCUCCUCCAUUCAGGUUCUGACUCAGUUUACAGCUCAGGAUUCUUAUAGCAGAACCACACACCUCCUGGGCUCAUCUGAUUGGUUCGUGGAUGUUACAGAGCUGGUCCGUAACUGGCUGAGAGUCGAGGACCCUCGAGUGGCUUCCCUUGGCGCCCAGAACAACCUGAUUGGUUUACAACCAGGAAAGACAUCACUCCAUGUCGUCUCUGAGCAGUGGGAUGGCGUGCUGGGCAGAUGUGACAUCACUGUGACCUCUGACCCCGUUACUCCUGGGGACCUGUCUGUGCAGGUUGUCAGCGGUCUUGGCAUGUCAGUCACAGCUAACCCAACCCACGCUUCCAUUGUAACAGCAACAGUAACUGCCUACAACAUCCUGUACAACCAUCACCAGGAGGCUUCCAUCAGUGUGUGGGUCCAGUUCAGUGACGACACCGCCUCCCUCCUCUCCUCCUUUAGCGACCUUCCCUUUUUCCUACGUCUCUCGUCAUUGGCUGAGACGGUGGUUGUUGUGGUGCCCGGUUCCAGCCCACGCAUCUUAGCCCAGGGGGAUGGAGGCGGGCCUUUACUGCCUGCAGAACUUCUGGUUUCAACCUGCGCUGACCAGCCAAUCACCUCCAACUCUAUCAGUGAAGGACACAGGGAUUGGACGAACAAUGGAGGAGGCGGCGGGACAAGGAGGCUGGCAAGAGGAUCUGGUUGGAUAAGAGUCAACCUAGACCUGGGCUUCCUGCAGCCAGCAGGGGACAAGGAUGAUGAGCGGGAGAAGUUUGAGUUUGACAUUUCAGGCACGCUGGGUGAAUCAGACAGCGAUAUCUAUGCAUCGAACUUUGACGAAGAUGAAAGUGAGAACGUAAACAGUGACUACUAUGACAAAAUCAGUGGGAAGAGACCUGAGAGACAUUGGAACCAGGUGGGGUACGGAGAGAUGGUCAGUCGGAACAAUCUGGAAAGAGCUGUGCUGAUGCCCAGCCAGGAGGAGGGCGCUGUGUACUUCUCCCCUAGCCAGGAGAAAGACGGAAAGCGGGAGGAGGAAGAUGAAGGACAGGGAGCUAGAGAGCUGGAGAUGGGUGUGGGUGCUGUUCUGGCUCUGCUCUGUCUCUCUGCUGUCCUCUUCCUGGUAAACUGUCUGCCCUGUGCCCUGCGAGACAGAAGGAGGACAAUGAUGGAGGAGGAGAGGGAAGGAGAACUAGAGGGAGGUACAAAGGAAGACGAGGAAGAGGAGAGAAAGAAGAGAGAAGGUGAAGACAAGAUAAAGCAGCAGCAUGAGACGAACAAUAAAGAGGAUGUUAAAGAGGUAGAGAUCAUUUGCUGAUAUAUGCACAGGCCAAGCUGAAUUUAAGCUCAAAUCUGUACUCAAAAGUAACAUGAAGUGAAUUAUUGUAACAGCAUGCUAUCUUCCUGUUGUAUUACACUAAGAGACAAAUGGAAACUGUCUCCUCCAAAAUGACUUCCCAUGCAACUAAACUGCACACUCAAUUACAUUUCGAAGGAAUUGUAUUUUCCUCCGAACCGAACAGUUUGAAAAUGCUACAAAAAUACUUUCUUAGCUUUAUAGGCAACAAAACUACUUUGUUAGGUUUGGUAAAAACGGUUUGGCUUAAAAUAACUAGGAUAUUGAAACAGGACAAAAAUGCCACAAAACAACUACAUUUACACAAGACACAACCAGCAAUCCCCCGGUUUAAGCCCUGUGCUUUCUGACCUAUCCAACCCCCUGACCUCCUGAGAAUCACUUAUUUGUGAAACAUCAAAAGGAAAUAGAAUCCACGACAAAAUAUGUUUCCCUCCUAAAGUAAUUCACAAUGCAGUUUUGUUGAAUGGUAACAUAAUUUUUAGCAGACAGGGCUUAACCAUGACAUCACUUUUUCACAUCUUCAGAGCCAAGCAACAGAAAAUGUGCAGUCUGGAUUCUGGGCCUCAGCUAAAACUAAAGUACUGGCCCAUUUAGCAUCCUGAACACAAUUUUUUUGCAAAAUCGGUUUGUCCUUUUCUGUCACUCUUUUUUUUGACUUUGAGCUGCUAUGGAGGUUAGGUGUUUGUCCCAAAUAUAAACACUUUUAUUCAUUCUCUUUUUCCUGAGUUUGGACAUUUUACAAACUGUAAAAUGUGCCCCAAUAACAAUGAUACUACUCUAGAAAAAACCAAACCAGCUACUCAUAUAAACUGAGAGCUCCCUGCAAUAAUCCUGCUGACACAAUAGAAUACAUUAUAUCCAAAACGAUUCUGUAAAAAAUAAUAAUAUAAUAAAUAAUUAAAACUACUAAAAUGUAUCAAGCCAUUGGAGGGUUAGUCCAGAAAGAGGCCCAGCGUUUAAUAAACAAGGGGUUGUUGUUAGACUCUUUUUUGUUCUGUUCCUCGGGCAGCACCUUGGUCAGAGGUGAACCACUUGAAGGCGUUGCUUCUCCAUAGAACAUACACUGACAACAUUGUGUAAACUCGUUUUUUUCUGGAUGAUUAGUGAUUGCUAUGUAUCAUGGAAUAGUAAUACUUUCUAUGAAGCAGUUGUAGAUUGCUAACAUGUUAGGACUCACCCCAAAUAAGUUCAGCUACCCCAGGAAGGGCUGACACUGCUGGUGCUUUCAACGGUUUCAUCUCGUUAUUGUUAAACUGAUCCAAUUUACUUGUACCUCUGUACCCUAUUUUUCUGUUCCCUAAUGAAAAUUAAAAAUACUACUAUACCAAGACUUACUAUACAAGACAGUUUUUUUUUUCGACACACUAUACAACAUUUUUAUGACUUUUUCAAAGUACUGUACUGUGACUUUUUAAGACUUUUUGACAUGCUAUACUUUGACUUUUUUAUUACCCGUUCAGCGCACUAUGCUAUUGCUUUUUAUGACUUUUUAACAUACUGUAUGAUGACAUUCUUGACAUGAUGUACUAUGAUUUUUUUAAAUAACUUUUUCGACAUAAUAUACUAUGUCGUUUUAUGACUAUUUGAACAUACUUUAAAGACUUUUUAAAACUCCUUUGACAAACUAUACUAGGGAUUUGUAUGACUUUUUUACAUGGUAUACGAUAACUAACAUAAAAUACUAUGAUCUUUUCUUUAUUUUACAUACUAUACUGUGCCUUUUUUGAAAGACUAUACUGUGACUUUAUUACUUUUUUUUUGAAGUGCUAUACUAUAACUUUGUUUACUUUUUUUGACAUGCUAUAAAAUUAAUUUUUUGAUUAAUUUCGACAUCCUAUACUUUUUUACAUACUAUAUUUCAAUCAGGAGAGACUUCAUUAGAAUUUAACAAUGAUUUAUUAUACAUGCAUAUAAAAUGAAUAGUGCAAAGUCUUUGGCGAUUGGACACUCAAAGUAAUACAACCGAGGGUAGUGAUGCUGAGGUCAGAUAAGGC